AUGAGUCUUUUGCUUCUCAUUGGUUAUGCAUUACACAACACAGUACAAAAUAAACAGGCAAAUCGUUUCUCGGGAUCAGCUUCUGGCCGCAUAGGACCCACAACUCUCUCAAACCCUACUAUUCAUCAUUUGUCUGGACCCUCUCUUCUUGGAGUGCCUUGUCUCAAUUUUCCUGCUGCAUCUUCCGCUUCUGGUUCCAGCAGAUUAGGGCUUGGCUCCUCUUUUGGAUCUCCUCUGCUUGGCGAUAACAAUGUUUCCGGAUUUCUUCGCCUCGGACACUCCACACAUAUCGGGGCAGUUCGUUCUGGGGUCGGUUCAAACAACUCCGGAAUAAGUGACAGCAAUACGCUACCUGAAUUACUCUUCGCCUCCGAUGAAGCUCGUGUCAGCUAUUCGAAUCGUCAUCGUCGUGGACAGCAUCAUCAUAGGCCUUAUCAACAGCAACAACAGCAUAUAAUAGUUCUCGGGAAUAUUGAUUCUCGAGAACACGUUAAUCAGCAUCACCACAACGGUCGCCUGGGCCAGAUUAAACAGCCUACUGGCAUUCCACCUAACAUUGGCUCAGCUCUUAACCUAUCCGAACAACUAAGAAAGAGACAUCAGAUAGCGGACGUACAUUCGGCGGCCUCAUCAAUUCUGGCUGGGACAUCCGGCCAGCAACUUACUUGUUUAGAUGUAUGGCACAUGACCUGA